GCGUGUCGAUGUGGCGCGUGGUUGUUUUGAGUUUGUGUGAGUUAGUUUCCACGAUGUGUGAUCUAAUGACUAGUAACGUGUCGACGAACUACUAUGCCGAAGCACCUACGACUAAUAUAGAAAGAUGGCGCCAGUUGUCAUUGUUUGGCGCCGUGAGGACGUGUUUGGAGUUGCCUACGGCAUUCACUGACACCGGCCGCCCCUCUUGAAAGGGGGCGCGCGAUCGCGCCCGCCCCUGAGGCGAUAUGACUGGAGGGCGGCGACCAGCCGCUAUGCCUGUGUGGGCGCUGCGCAGGCGGCCGCGUUGCAGGCUGGCGCCGUUUCGGAGUAACGAGGGAGCCGGCGCUGGACGAAGAGCCAGCUGCUUGGCGGGCGCGCGCCGCAGUGCAAUCCUCCAACAGCUACGGGGCGCGCGCGCGGUUUGUUCUGUUCCGACCUCCUUCGCCCGCGCAGGCAUUGGCGGGAGCGAGGGCGCGCCCGCCCCCUUGGCUCUUGUGUGGGCUUUUUGGCGGCUACCGGCGAGGGCGGCCGCGGGUUACCGCCCGGCCCAGUGUGUUGGGUCUCCCCCUGUGUGCCGCGCAGCCGGUGGCCCUCCCCCCCUGCCCCGCGCCUGCCUUUCUGCAGUGUUUGUAUGCCUGCGCGCGCGCGGCGCGCUGCCCUGCGUGCUGGGCCCCCGGCCGGGCUUUGGAGCUUCUGCCCCCAUUAGGAUUUGCGCGCGGCCCCUGUCAUUGGGAGCGGGCCCGGCGUUUUUAUUUUGUCGUUGGGUGGCGGGCGGUGGGGCCUCGCCUGGUGCAGGUUCGUUGGUGCUCCGCGUGAUUGACUGGCGCGCCGCGGCUCUAUAUAGUCAGGCGCCCGGCCCGCCGUGUCGAACGAUGGCCGCAUUGUUGCUUCUCCAUCCUUGCCGGCAAGGUUCAUCGGCUACCGAGAUUCCUGAUGACGCGAUCGCGUCUGCGCCAUUAUCUCCCCGCAAAAGAUAAAAAAUAACCGGCGCCCGCCGCCGUUGUGACAAUUGCGACCAAUUGCCAUUGCGCAGCGGGUUUCUGGUUUUCCUUUCUUGGUGG